AUGCCAUAAUUGUGUAAUAUUUACGUGAAAUCGAUUACUUUUUUAUUAGUAAUUUUUAAUUUUAAUGCUUAACGCUUCUAAUGCUCUAAAAUUAUGUCCGAUAAAGGAGCUCUUUCCAACUUGGCUGUAGCCGUUUCGGGACUGUUCGGGAUGAUCCAAGCGAAUGAUCAAUACCUAGGUGCCCUACAAUCGUUUGCAAUCCUCACUACUAAUUCCAUAGUGGGAACACUUCAAAUCUUAGGUGAAAGUCUGGAUAAAGUUUUCACGUACACGUCAACCGCGGAGAAAUUGCUCGUAUACCCCUUCAUCGUUGCGAGUUUGACUGACAAAUACAUAGAGAACAAGAACCUCUCUUACAGCUUCAUCGUGAUUCCGAUUAUACCGCUAGCGGCUUUCGCAUUGGGCAAAGACGUGAGAAUAGAAGAAUUCCAGCAAGCUUCGACCGUUCUCGGCAGCAUCUUGAUGGGGUAUUUGUCCGUUAGACACGAUAAUCCUUACAUUGUAGCCACUAGCUUGUCCCACUUGUGCGUGAUGUUCGCUUUGAACGCCAACGAUAAAAUCCUGAACGUGUCCAAUCGACAUUGGCAGAAUAUUGUUAAGUGCUUUUUCGCUUUUUGCGCUGUGAAAGCCAUUAAUUUAUAAAUUUUCAUAAUAAUGUAAUAUCUACAUACAUCUCUCUAAUAAUAAUCUACAAUAUGCC